AUGCGCAAGGACUCCUUGCCCAAGUUUUACUCUUCCAACCAGAAUCCCAUCAAGGUCGACAUGGGAGAGCGAUCUUUUCUAGCUGCACAGGCUCUUGGACUUGCCACGCUAAAUGUCAUGAGCUUUGGUGUCAUGCUGGUCGGAGGAAUUUCCUGGGCGUUUGAUCUCGCGUCUAUCGCGGAACUAAGGGAGCGAACUCAGGCUGCUGUCCGCAGGCCCGGGUCGGUGAAUCCUGAGGAUGAGAAGGCCAUGGAGGAACUUAUGGAGGAGCUCAUGGGUAAACUCGGGAUGGAAAAACCCCAGAAACCUUCAGAUACCUCAGAAGAGAACGAGAAGUGA